GCACCAUGUUCAGCUUCGAAGGGGAUUUCAAGACCAGGCCCAAGGUCUCUCUUGGCGGAGCCAGCAAGAAGGAAGAAAAGGCAUCUCUUUUGCAUCGUACACAGGAGGAGAGACGAAAACGAGAGGAAGAAAGGAGAAGACUGAAAAAUGCAGUCAUUAUCCAGUCCUUUGUUCGGGGAUACAGGGACAGAAAACACCAAUAUGCUACUCAGAGGAGUGAAUUUGAUCGCUGUGCUAAUUUAGCACAAUCUGGAGGAAGUUGCUCCUCUGCCACUGGAGUAAACCUGACUCUCUUAGUUCGCCAGCUUCUGUUUUUCUAUAGAUAUAAUGAAGAUUCCAAACGUUUGAUAUGGAUAUGCCAAAAUUUGAUUAAACAAAAUUCUCAAUUUGUAAAGCAGCUUGAUGGUCCUGACAGAUUUACAUGCUUAUACCAGAUAAAAAGGUUGUUGGGCCUCUGUUGCAGAUUGCUACAAAACUGCAAUGAUGACAGUCUGAAUGUUGCACUUCCUAUGAGGAUGCUUGAAGUAUUUUCAUCCAAGAAUACCUAUUUGCCUGUUUUACAAGAUGCUAACAAUGUUGCAUCAAUAAUUGAACAAAUCUUGCACUACGUGAUUCAAAAUGGAUACUACAGAUCUCUUUAUCUCCUAAUAAAUAACAAGCUUCCAUCAAGUAUUGAGUAUUCUGAUGUCUCUCGGGUUCCUAUUGCAAAAAUAUUUUUAGAGAAUGUUCUGAAGCCAUUGCACUUUAAUUAUAGUUCCUGUCCUGAAGUUGCUAGGCAACAGGUAUUUGCUGCUUUUACAGAAGAAUUCCUGGCAGCACCUUUUACAGACCAGAUAUUCCACUUCAUCAUUCCAGCACUUGUGGAUGUAGAAACCUGUUUUCCCUACGAACUCUUUCUGAAUGCACUAUUAUUCACAGAAAGUGGUCAUUUGAGGGAAAGCGAGAGAGCUCCUUGGCUUUUCUACUUUGUUCUAAUAGCUGGUGAAACUUACUUAGGUUCUCUUUCAGAAGAAGGGUUGCUUGUAUAUUUGCGGGUGCUCCAGUCAUUUCUUUCUCAAUUGCCUGUCUCAAUGUCAGGUACAGAUUGUCAGGACUCGGCAAGUGACUCUGAAGAUGAAGAAAUUAGUAAAAUGUCAUCCAUGCCUGGUGAUGGAAGAAUAUCAGUCCAAUAUAUAACUGAAGAGUGUCUUUCAAAGCUGGACACAAAGCAGCAGACAAACACCUUGCUAAAUAUGGUUUGGAGAGAUUCAGCUAGUGAAGAAGUCUUCACUCUGAUGGCUUCCAUUUGCCAUACGUUGAUGGUGCAGCAUCGAAUGAUGGUGCCAAAAGUCAGACUUUUGUACAGUUUAGCUUUUAAUGCCAGGUUUUUGAGGCAUCUUUGGUGUUUAAUCUCAGAAAUGAAAACACGAAUGAUUACUGGGUCUAUGGUGCCGCUCCUUCAAGUAAUUUCACGUGGUUCCCCAAUGUCGUUAGAAGAUUCUAGUCGGAUCAUUCCUCUCUUCUACCUUUUUAGCUCCUUAUUUAGUCACUCACUUAUUUCUAUCCAUGAUAAUGAAUUCUUUGGUGACCCUAUAGAAGUUGUAGGUCAAAGACAAUCAUCAAUGAUGCCUUUUACAUUAGAAGAACUGGUCACAUUAUCACGCUGUCUUCGCGAUGCUUGUUUAGGAAUUAUUAAAUUGGCAUAUCCAGAAACUAAGCCAGAGGUUCGUGAAGAAUAUAUUGCAGCGUUUAGAAGUAUUGGAGUCACUACAAAUACAGAAAUGCAGCAAUGCAUCCAAACAGAACAGAAGCGGUGGAUUCAGCUCUUUAAGGUAAUCACUAAUUUGGUGAAAAUGCUGAAAUCUAGAGAUACAAGAAGGAAUUUUUGCCCACCAGAUCACUGGCUGUCAUUACAAGAAAACAUUAGAGCAGAUAAGGUUACACAGCUUUAUGUGCCAUCAGCAAGACAUGUAUGGAGAGUGAGGAGAAUGGGAAGGAUAGGACCCUUGCAGUCAACUUUGGAUGUGGGAUUGGAUCCAGCCCCUCUUUCUGUGUCGGAGGAGCGACAGCUUGCAAUAUUGACAGAGCUGCCUUUUGUGGUUCCUUUUGAAGAAAGAGUAAAGAUCUUUCAAAGACUGAUCUAUGCGGACAAGCAGGAAGUACAAGGAGAAGGCCCUUUUCUGGAUGGAAUUAAUGUUACCAUUAGAAGAAAUUAUAUUUAUGAAGAUGCAUACGAUAAACUUUCUCCUGAAAAUGAACCUGAUUUGAAAAAGCGAAUUCGUGUUCAUUUACUCAAUGCCCAUGGUCUAGAUGAAGCUGGUAUCGAUGGGGGUGGAAUAUUCCGAGAAUUUUUGAACGAACUACUUAAAUCAGGAUUUAACCCUAACCAGGGUUUUUUUAAGACCACUAAUGAAGGACUGCUUUAUCCAAAUCCUGCUGCACAAAUGCUGGUUGGAGGUUCUUAUGCACGGCACUAUUACUUUCUUGGGCGGAUGCUUGGAAAGGCUUUAUAUGAAAAUAUGCUGGUUGAGCUUCCUUUCGCCGGUUUUUUCCUCUCCAAGUUGCUCGGGACAAGUGCUGAUGUCGACAUUCAUCAUUUGGCAUCUCUGGAUCCUGAAAUGUACAAAAACCUCCUUUUUCUUAAGAGCUAUGAAGGCGAUGUAGAAGAACUUGGGCUGAACUUUACUGUGGUAAAUAAUGAUUUGGGAGAGGCACAGGUGGUUGAAUUGAAGCUUGGAGGAAAGGAUAUUCCUGUCACUAGUGCAAACCGAAUCGCCUACAUCCAUCUUGUGGCAGACUACAGGUUAAAUAAACAAAUCAGACAGCAUUGCCUGGCAUUCAGACAAGGUCUUGCCAAUGUUGUUAAUCUUGAGUGGCUCAGAAUGUUCGAUCAACAAGAAAUACAGGUUUUGAUUUCUGGAGCUCAGGUUCCAAUUAGUCUAGAGGAUCUUAAAACUUUCACAAACUAUUCAGGAGGUUAUUCUGCAGAUCAUCCAGUAAUCAAAAUAUUUUGGAUAGUAGUUGAAAGUUUCACUGAUGAUGAAAAACGUAAAUUACUCAAGUUUGUGACAAGCUGCUCUCGACCUCCUCUCUUGGGUUUUAAGGAAUUGUACCCUGCUUUUUGCAUUCACAACGGGGGCUCCGAUUUGGAGCGACUGCCCACCGCCAGUACCUGUAUGAAUUUGCUGAAGCUUCCAGAAUUCUGUGAUGAACACCUUAUGCGGAACAAACUGCUUUACGCGAUUGAAUGUGCUGCUGGAUUUGAGCUGAGUUGAACUGAACUGAUCAAAUGCUUUGCAGAGGAAGUAAUCAGUGCCUAUUCCUUAAGCCACACCCACACCCCCCCCCACA